GAACACAAGGGCUGGGUCAGUUGAGAGAAGCACCGGUUCAGAAGGGGAGCCGCUAGCUACCUGGGAGGCGAUAAUGCAGAGAGGGAAAUAGAACACAGUCGGCAAUGCUAAGCUGAAACGGAUCCUGCGACACUACCUUUUUGAAAAUGUCAGAUCUGACCAAGACCAUCCAGAAAUGGCACGCGAGUUUUAAAAAAGGCACGGACUUUGAUUCGUGGGGGCAGUUAGUGGAAGCAAUUGAUGAGUACCAAAUACUCGCAAGGCAGUUGCAGAAGGAGGCCCAGUCGUCCAAUUCAUCGGAAUUCACAGAGGAUCAGAAGAAGACUUUGGGAAAGUUGGCAACAUGCCUGGAAAUGAGGAGUGCGGCCCUGCAGUGCACUCAGUCCCAGGAAGAUUUCAGGCUGGAAGACCUUAAGAAACUGGAGCCGAUCGUUCAGAACGUCCUGACGUAUAACAAAGGAUUUCCCUUCGAUGUUCAGCCAGUGCCUUUAAGGAAGAUCCUUGCCCCUGGUGAAGAGGAGAACCUGGAAGUUGAGGCAGAGGAGGACUCAGUGGUUGGCGCGGGGUCCCCCGAAUCCUUUUCCUCCAGAGUUCCAGCUUUGCAAGGGACACUGUUGCCACGGUUACCCUCGGAGCCAGGAAUGACACUGAUCACCAUAAAGAUCGAGAAGAUAGGCCUGAAGGACGCGGGACAGUGCAUCGACCCCUACAUCACAGUCAGCGUGAAAGAUCUGAAUGGGAUCGAUCUGAACCCGGUGCAGGACACCCCCGUGGCCACUCGCAAAGAGGACACCUACAUUCACUUCGGCAUGGAUGUGGAGAUCCAGAAGCACCUGGAGAAGCUUUCUAAAGGGGCAGCUAUUUUCUUUGAGUUCAAGCACUACAAACCCAAGAAGAGGUUCACCAGCACAAAGUGCUUCGCUUUCAUGGAGAUGGACGAGAUUAAACCUGGACCCAUUGUAAUUGAAUUGUACAAGAAACCGACUGAUUUCAAGAGGAAGAAACUCCAGCUCUUGACCAAGAAGCCACUUUAUCUCCAUCUGCACCAGACUUUGCACAAAGAUUAACUGUAAAACCGUAAAAACACCCUCAACACACCCCCCCCCCCACCAGCACAACCCCCCCUCCCGACCCCCCAUCAGAGCCACACGGGACAGAGCACAUCAGAGCUACCAGUCGCCCCCCUGCAGCUUGGAUCUCCACCACAGCUGAUUGGCUGCAUGUCUGUUUGGGUCUGAACCCUUAAACCUGGGGGGUGAAGAACAGAAGCCGAACCCCCCCAGGUGAGCCGAACCCCCCCAGGUGCCCGUUCUGUGCGUGACGUCUCUUUAAAAUGGAAAAAGCGAACAGGUACAUUCCACCAGCCCCCCUGUCCCCGAACCCCACCCCACUUUAAUUUCCCAGAAACUGUGGAUUUGUUUGAUCUACGAAGUAUUCCUUCUCUGAAAAUCCAGAGAAAAUGAUUCAUGCACUGUUACAGAGGGCGAGAAAGCAAGAGAGAUGCGUAUUCGUGUCUCACAAAUUGGUGAUCAAAGAAGAAUGCUGAUGUCACUUCCUGUCUCCUGAGCUGGGAAGAGGAAAUGGAGGAUGUGUUAUUUUUUUUCUGUGCUCCAUCCAGCAAACUGGAAACACGUUGUUUGAUAUGAUUUAAUUCUGUUUGUAUGCUCCUUAGCGUGUUAAAGCUGAGGUGACAGGUUUUUCAGUUUUAGAUACGUGGGCCCACCUGUCCAUCAAAAGCACAGACACGCCUCCUCCACUCUGAUGAGCUAUGAUGUCAUCUUGAGGAAAAAGGGCUUUUUUAACAAAGGAUGUUGCAUGUACCUUGCGUGGAUAAUUGUUUUUUUUUUUUUAAUUGAAGUCACAUUGGCAGUUACACCCUCUCUACUUAGCCUCUCUCUUAAUUUUGUUUCUUAAUAUCUGAUUUUAGAUGGUUUUAUUUUUUUAAUGUCAGAGAAUGCAGACAAUAGCUGGACAUACUACAGAACACACUAAAAUGGUGCAUAUGGAUGUGUGUGCGCGUGCCUGUGUACGCGUGCGGUUUGUGUGGAUGCAGUUUCAGUGUUCAUUAAACAAUGCAUUGUGUUUUGUCCUUGAACUGCAUAUUUACAUGGCUUUCAUUUCUAAUAAACAAAGUGCUGCUUGAA